AUGGAUAAGCUUCUCAAACGACCUAUGCUAGAUGGUCAGAGAUUCACGAUUAGCGACGAGAAUGCCGCCUUGACCCCUCAACAAGGGAUGAUCGAAGAAAUCCUCGCAGAUGAUCCUUUGGAAGUAGCCCUGAUACGAGUAGAGUCUGAGCAGAACACAUGCAACGUUGAUGCUGACGGAUACGAAAAGAUGCUAGACUCGUGCGAAAGCAUCGAGAAGAUAGUCACUUUUCUAAGUCUGGGGGAAACGAGCAAUCAGAUUUCACCAAAAGGAGCAACUGCUUCUAAGAAACCAACCAGUCAGCUCGAUGAUUCGUGGAGCGAACUCAAGGCUCCAAAGAUUGAAUUAAAGUCUCUUCCAGCGGGACUCAGGUAUGCGUUUCUUGGACCUAAUUCAACAUACCCUGUCAUCGUGAACUCUAAGCUUAAUAAUGUGAAAACUGCUAAACUAUUGUGUGAAUUGAGAAAAUACCGCAAGGCAAUAGGAUAUUCAUUAGCUGAUAUUCCCGUUUCUAAGAAAGGGGGGAUAACUGUGGUUGCUAAUGAAAAGAAUGAAUUGAUACCCACUAGGACAGUAACCGGUCACCGUUUCUUACAAAUUCCCAUUCACCCAGACGAUCAGGAGAAGACGACCUUCACGUGUCCUUACGGCACCUUUGCCUACAGGAGAAUGCCGUUUGGUUUGUGCAACGCUCCUGCGACAUUCCAGCGUUGCAUGAUGGUCGUUCAGCGCUGCGAGGAAAAGCAUCUCGUUUUGAAUUGGGAGAAGUGUCACUUCAUGGUGCGAGAUGAGAUUGUUCUCGAUCACAAAUUCUCAGAAAAGGGGAUCGAAGUGGACAAAGCAAAGAUAGAAGUGAUGAUGAGCUUACAACCUCCAAAAUCUGUCAAAGGAAUCAUGAGUUUCCUCGGACAUGUUGGCUUUUACAGAAGAUUCAUCAAGGACUUCUCCAAAAUCGCAAUGCCACUCACUUGCCUGCUCUGCAAGGAGACAAUAUUUAAGUUCGAUAGCGAUUGUUUGUCAGCUUUCCACACGAUCAAAGGAGCUCUAGUCAGUGCACCCAUCGUGCAACCACCAGACUAG